GACAGGGGCUGGUGCCUCAUAUCAACUUCUCAAAUUCACAGCCUUCUCCUCUCUCCAACAAACACUCGACAGGACUUCGUUCAGCGCCUUGGCACCUCUAGAUCAUGAUGGACGACUUAGAUGACUCCAGCUCUGAUGUUUCAGACACAAUCCUUCGACAAGAAGACCUCGACGAUAUCCCAGCCUUGGCGGCCCCACUGGUGCAAGACCUCACGGAGGAAGAUAAAUUCCUCAGUGACACAAGCUCCCUAUCCAGUCUAGUAUUGAAGGAUGGAGCUCCGGAGAUCAAACCGAGACCUUAUCAGCUAGAAAUGUUUGAAGAGAGCUUGAAGAGAAACAUUAUCGUUGCUAUGGAUACGGGGUCUGGAAAGACCCAUAUUGCUGUGAUGCGCAUCCUCUACGAACUCGAGAACAUUCGUUCAGAUCAACUCGUCUGGUUUCUAGCUCCCACUGUCAGUUUGUGUGCUCAGCAGUUCGGAUACAUUCAAUCCCAAAUCAGUGCCGUAAAAAUCAAAUUUCUGAGCGGUGCAGACGAGGCAGAUCGUUGGGCAGAGAAUCAUUGGCAAGUGGUUCUCCUCAACGUCAAAGUUGUCGUGUCUACUUAUCAGAUUCUACUUGAUGCCCUCAGCCAUGGCUUCGUCCAAAUGGCUUCAUUAGCUUUGAUCGUUUUUGAUGAAGCCCACAAUUGCGUUGAUAAGCACCCCGGUGCUGUGCUAAUGAGAAACUUCUACCAUAAGCGCAAGGCACUAGGUUUAGAUAUACCACAUAUACUCGGACUAACAGCCAGCCCAGUCAUGAGAUCUAGCACAUCAUCAUUGGUUAGGAUCGAGGAAACGUUAGAUGCCCUUUGCAGGACCCCUUCAAAACAUCGAUCAGAGUUACGACUUCAAGUCAAGCUUCCGGUAAUGUCUCAAGUAUAUUACUCAAAUCUACCAGUAAACGGGUCAAUUGCCGUCUAUACGAGAGCGAUGACUUCUCUCUCCAAUUCUUACCACAAUCUUCGCCUUUCAGAAGACCCAUACUAUCUCAGCCUUUUGAAUGAUGAUAGCGAUCGAGGCCGAAGAAAGCUUGACAAAGUAAGGUUGAAUCAAAAAACCACGUCCUCCGAUCAGAUGAAGUCAUUCAACGCCACAGCGCAGAAGAUAUUUGAAGAAUUGGGAAGCUGGGCAGCAGACUAUUACAUCGCGGAAGUUGUAAGCAAAGUUCUUUCACUUGCAGGACAAUCAGACAACCCCUUGGGUAUCUGGGAUAUUUCCAUGGCAGAGAAACAAUACCUUGCGAAGGCCCUACAGUCUGUCGAAGUCAACCGUGAUACAAGUCAUGACUCUGUCCUGAACGUUCAGACGACAGACAAGGUGGAAAGAAUGCUGGAUGUCUUGCUCGAGUCAACAAGCGCGCUGUUCUCCGGAAUUGUAUUCGUCCAGGAACGAGCAGUGGCCGCGGUUCUCACAAAGCUCAUAUCGAUCCAUCCCAAGACCCGCCACAAAUUCAAAGUUGGAGUCAUCGUGGGAACGUCUAUGCACAAGUUUCGGACUCGUAACAUCGGAGAGCUCAUUGACAUGAACGAACAUAAGGACACCUUAUCAAAGUUCAAGAAGGGCAAAAUCAAUCUCGUAAUUGCCACGAGUGUACUGGAGGAGGGUAUUGAUGUUCCCAUCUGCAAUCUGGUGGUGUGUUUCCAAAGGCCUGCCAAUCUGAAGUCUUUCGUCCAACGGCGAGGACGUGCUAGACAUCGUGAUUCUCGUUUGGUAUUGCUACUCAGCGAAAGCGACAAGCUCGAUCAAUGGCAGCAACUUGAGGCUGACAUGAAGAGGAUAUAUGAAGACGAAAUGCGAACCCUACAAGAAUUGAUUGUCAAGGAAGACAGCGAGGACAACGAUGGGAGAACGUUUCAUGUCGAGUCCACAAAUGCAUUGCUGGACCUAGACAACGCAGUAUCACAUCUCUACCAUUUCUGUGCAACACUACCAGCAAAUGAGUAUGUAGAUCUUAGGCCAGAGUUCAUUUGCAGUCACGUUGCCGGAGACUUGGUCACUGCGACAGUCCUGCUUCCGAUCUCUGUUAACAAAGCUGUUCGAACAGCGGAAAGCAAAACGGCUUGGCUGAGCGAGAAGAACGCAAUCAAAGAUGCUGCUUUUGAAGCAUACGUCGCUUUGUAUCAUGCAGGUCUCGUCAACGAUAAUUUACUGCCUCUUUUGAGGCAUGAUGCUAUUGUCGAUGAGUUGAUGGUCUCGCCAGUCGAACAUCGAGCAUCCAUAGUGUCUGUCAACGAGCAACUUGAUCCGUGGGCCGAGAUUGCCAAAGCCUGGAUACUUGUUGAACAAGAGGUGGACAGAAAGCUUGGUCAGGCUACCCUCACUAUUGGCGACUUAGAUGUCGACCUUUAUUUGCCAAUUGACAUCCCUCAAGUCCCGGGAUUCCUCAUAUAUUGGGAUAUAGACACUGAACUACCAGUUUCUAUAACAACCAAACCUAGUUUGUCAAUACCUGGUGGUACGACAAAUAUCCCUGGUGACACAUUUCCAUUGCUUCGGGCUGGUUUUGGUUCUCGAUUUCCCGUCAAAGACAAGCUGUUGCCCAUGUUCUUCGUUGCACGCAACGACAUGAACCUUCGAAAUCUUGUGGGUUUCCACGAUGCCGUCAAUGAGUAUGGGAGUCUAUCACCAAUGAAUGAUGCCUUGAUCAGGGACAAGUUUGACCCUAACAUAGCGUACACCUAUGAGCAGAUUCUCCACCUCAAGCCAGAUUCGCGUAAGGUACAAUAUCCCUACAAGGAGUAUCAAGAAGUACCUGUGGAUGUCCCACACUUAGCUCUCAGAAAGGUCCCAAAACGGAACGACUUUCUCCAUAAAGUCGCCUUUGAUCCCAGCGCUAGAUCAACCAAAGAGUUCUCGUACGUACUACCGAUCAACAGAUGCACGAUCGACGAUUUACCGUAUAAAUAUGUUCAAUUUGGAAGAUUGAUUCCGUCGAUCAUGCAUCGUUUCGAAGUAGCGCUCAUUUCAGAGGAGUUGUCGAGGACAAUACUUCAGAGUGUGAAAAUCUCAGACAUCAGUCUAGUCUUGACUGCAAUCAGCGCAUCCAGUGCCCAGGAAGAAUCGAAUUACCAGCGAUUGGAAUUUCUUGGAGACUCCAUCUUGAAAACAUGUGCCUCAAUUCAACUUAUUGCCGAGUAUCCGCUAUGGCACGAAGGAUACUUGUCUGCAAAGAAGGACAGAUUGGUGUCUAACUCAAGAUUGUCCAGAGCCGCUCGAGAAAUUGGUCUUGACAAGUUCAUCAUUACAAAAGCGUUCACUGGACACAAGUGGCGACCAAAAUAUAUCGAAGAUCUUUUGGCUCUACCAGUGUCUAACAAGAUGAGAGACAUGUCGACUAAAGUCCUCGCAGAUGUUGUUGAAGCUCUUGUUGGAGCAGCCACUGUUGAUGGUGAUAUCCCGAAAGCAUUAGCUUGCCUGCAAACCUUUCUGCCAGAGCUGGAAUGGAAGCCGCUUGAACAGCGAAGGUCCUUCUUGUAUCAAAGAACGCCGGACAUCCAACUACCCACCACUUUACAACCACUUGAAACGUUCAUGGGCUACACUUUCAACCGAAAGUCCCUUCUCGUCGAGGCAAUGACCCAUGCUUCUUGCAACAGUGGCUCAGGCUCACUCGAACGCUUCGAAUUCCUAGGAGACUCAAUCCUCGACAACAUCAUCGUCACAGCGAUGUGGCCUCAUGCUCUCAGCCACUAUCAGAUGCAUCUACUACGCACUGCUCUCGUAAAUGCCGACUUCUUAGCAUUCAUCUGCAUGGAAUGGAGCAUCGAGCACGAGAUCAUUGAUCUGCAAGUCCUCCCCACAAACAUGAAAUCGGCCAAAAUCGCAGAAAAGUACAAGAUGGUCUCCUGGCCUCUGUGGAGAUUCAUGCGUCACACGUCUCCUAAGCUAGGAUUCGAACAAGCUGCUACCUCUGCUCGAUACUCCGAGCUUCGGACUGAGAUCAAAGAAGCUAUUGAGAACGGGACACACUAUCCCUGGGCUCUACUCUCCCAACUGAGGGCUCACAAGUAUUAUUCCGAUAUCGUGGAGUCCUUACUUGGAGCUGUAUGGAUCGAUUCCGGUUCGUUCGAUACCUGUAGAGAGAUCGUGCAUAGGAUGGGUAUCCUUCCGUACUUUGAACGGAUCCUGAAAGAUGGUGUUCAUGUGUUGCAUCCGAAAGAGGAAUUGGGGAUGUUGGCUGAUACUUUGGAGGUUAGGUAUGUUAUGGAGGUGGAGAAAGUGCCAUCAGAGGAAGGGGGAGAGGAAGAGAGGAGAUAUGUUUGUACGGUGUUUGUAGGAGGUGAGAAAGUUGUGAGAUUAAGUGGGAAUGUUGAGAAGGGUGUUUUGCAAACUAUGGCUGCAGAGAAGGCGGUGGAGAUACUGAAGAUGAAGAAAGAGGGCGAGAAGAUGGAUGUCUAGAUCGAAGUGCCGUAUGUGGAGAAGGAGAAAGAGGAUAUUCUAGGCUUGGAUACUGAGAUGGCUGAUAAUUAGUAAAGAGCGUUGGAAGAAAAAACUGUCUGCGGCCCAUUUCUUAGGGUAGAUUGAAGC